ACGCAGUUACUAUGCCUCCAAAAAGAGUGUCUCAUGUCAAGCCAGAAGACCCACCAGAACCCCUUGAAGUUAGAGUUCUAAAAAGGUGGAUCCCCUACUUUAAAAACAAGGAGAAAAUGAUCGACCUAUGUUACCUAUUAGUUGAUAUACAUGGAGACACAAUUGAAGCAGUGGCAGAUGUUACCAAAGCAGAAUACUUUGACUCACUUAUCAAUGUACAACAUUGUUACACGGUUGACAAGUAUGUCUCAUCUCCACAACGCCAAUACAUGCCAUCGGUACCACACGUCGCUUCACUGAAAAUUGGGAAAAGGGCUACUUUUACACCUUUACUUGACAAAGACAUACCCACUUACUAUUAUAACUUUGCAACCUAUGAUGAUCUUGCACCAAGAAUGAAGCCACCAAAGCUACUUACAUACUACAUAGGGCGUGUCGAGGAGGUAUCACCCAUCAUGUUUAGAAGUGGAAAAAAGCUACGAAAGAUCAUCAUUCAAGAUGAAAGCUAA